ACCUAACUCUGCUUGUGCACUCCCAUCUCCCUUGGAUUUUCUGGAAGCUUCCAACUUUUUGAGUGCUGUUCAAUGAAAGCUGAUUGGUUACUUGGUCAAGAUUGCGUCAUAAAUGGUAAUAUUCUAAAGAGGGGAUGAAUCGUCCAUGUGAUACUACCAAGGUUCGUAUUAUUCUCAUUCUGUGAGAAAAGCAACGUGCACGAAACGUAUUAUUGCAAUUAUUCAACAAAUCUUCUCAAUUUUAUUCAAAAGCAUCUAUAAUCUACAUAACAAAGAUGUACAGAUUACCGAAAAUGUUACGCACUGUAGCAUCAAAGCAAAUGCAGCUACAAGGAAGAUUUUAUGCUAAAGAUGUACGUUUUGGUCCAGACGUAAGAGCUCUAAUGUUGCAAGGAGUUGACGUUCUUGCUGAUGCUGUAGCUGUUACAAUGGGGCCUAAAGGUCGUAAUGUUAUAAUCGAGCAAAGUUGGGGUAGUCCAAAGAUCACUAAGGAUGGAGUAACUGUUGCUAAGGCCAUUGAAUUAAAAGAUAAAUUCCAAAAUAUUGGUGCCAAGCUUGUACAAGAUGUAGCUAAUAAUACAAAUGAAGAAGCUGGUGAUGGAACUACCACUGCAACAGUUUUAGCUAGAGCAAUAGCUAAGGAAGGUUUUGAAAAAAUUAGCAAAGGAGCUAAUCCAGUUGAAAUUAGACGUGGAGUUAUGUUGGCUGUUGACACAAUUAAAGAUGAAUUGAAAAAAUUGAGUAAAACUGUUACAACACCUGAAGAAAUUGCUCAAGUUGCUACAAUUUCAGCUAACGGAGACACUGCUGUAGGUCAACUUAUUUCAGAUGCAAUGAAGAAAGUAGGAAAAGAAGGUGUAAUUACUGUCAAAGAUGGCAAAACUCUCAAUGAUGAACUUGAAGUUAUUGAAGGAAUGAAAUUCGAUCGUGGUUAUAUUUCUCCUUACUUUAUUAAUUCAACAAAGGGUGCAAAGGUUGAAUUUCAAGAUGCAUUAGUUCUUUUCAGUGAAAAGAAAAUUUCCUCUAUUCAAAGUAUUGUUCCAGCUUUAGAAUUAGCUAACUCUAUGCGUAAAGCUUUGGUUAUUAUUGCUGAAGAUAUUGAUGGAGAAGCACUUACUACACUCGUUUUCAAUAGACUUAAAAUAGGUCUUCAAAUAGCUGCUGUCAAAGCACCUGGUUUUGGAGAUAAUCGUAAAGCAACUCUUCAAGAUAUGGCAAUUGCGACAGGUGGAAUUGUUUUUGGAGACGAAGCUAAUUUAGUUAAAAUUGAAGAUGUUACAGCUAGUGAUUUGGGACAAGUAGGCGAAAUUAUUAUUACCAAAGAAGAUACUCUUAUUUUGAAGGGUAAAGGUAAUAAGGCAGAUAUUGACAAGAGAGCUGAAUUACUCAGAGAUCAAAUUGCUGAGACCACAUCUGAAUAUGAAAAGGAAAAACUUCAAGAACGGCUUGCUCGACUAUCAGCUGGUGUUGCAGUUUUGAGAGUUGGAGGAAGCAGUGAGGUUGAAGUUAAUGAAAAGAAGGAUCGUGUCCAUGAUGCUUUGAAUGCAACACGUGCAGCUGUUGAGGAAGGCAUUGUUCCUGGAGGUGGAACUGCUCUUUUGAGAUGUGCACCAGCUCUCAAAAAUAUCAAACCAAGUAACAGUGAUCAAGCUACCGGUAUUCAAAUAGUUGAAAAUGCUUUACGUCAACCGUGUCAUCAAAUUGCAUCUAAUGCAGGUGUUGAUGCAAGUCUUGUUGUCGCUAAAGUGAUGGAAGGUAAACUUGGUUAUGAUGCGAUGAACAAUGAAUAUGUUGAUAUGAUUGAAAAAGGUAUCAUAGAUCCAACAAAAGUUGUUCGUACUGCACUUACUGAUGCAGCUGGAGUAGCAUCACUAUUAACAACAGCAGAAGCUGUAGUUACCGAAAUUCCUAAAGAAGAAUCAGCAAAUCCAAUGGCUGGUAUGGGAGGUAUGGGUGGUAUGGGUGGAAUGGGUGGUAUGGGAAUGUAAAAUAAAAAAUGACCGUCUUCAGAGACUGAGUGUGAUUCUGGGAUAGAACUUUAUAAAUAACAGGAUCCAUAUUUAUUUUAUCUAUACAACGAUUCUGAUAGAAAAUCACAACUUAGCUGUAUAAUUAGAUUUUAAUUAUUUUCACGUAUCUUUUCAAAUAGUAAUAUAAGUUAUUACAAUGCUUCACUUAAAAUGAACAACAAAAUAUGUAUCAGUUCCUGUUAUUUAAAGUUUUGUAUAAAUAGAGAUUACCUCUUUGAAGCCAUGCCACUCUUAAGAAACCGUUGAACAUUGACAUUUAGAGUUAAUCUUACAUUAAGAUUGAAUAAAUCAUUUUAAUAUGUAAUUUACCAUGAUGGAAAAAGCUGCCUUUUAACAUCUUUUUCGUAAUUCAGAAUUUCAGACAUGAUAUGAAUGUUUUGUACAUGAGAAUGAGGAAUGUAAGCACAAGAAGCUGAAUUGUUUAUUUUAUACGUUAAGGUUAUAAAAAUUCAUAUGAGCCAUAUUUUUCUUGUAAGAAUUUCCAUUUUUCUUGCAUUUAAAUCUGUUAUUUUGUUAUUAAAAAAAAAUAUUCCUAAGAAUUGUAAUGUAAAAAUGUUAAUUCGUUCGUACUAUAGUGUUCAGAACAUUUUUUUAUGAAGAAAACAACUGUUUAUUUUUCAUUCUUAGUAUAAAUAAAAAUUAAAUUUAA